CACCUUGGUUAUAUCCCCCACCAGCACCUCCACAACCUCCACCACCACUGUCCCCCGCCGGCUAUACUUAUAUCCAGCCCUCCCGCCUUCCCGCCUCCAUCCCCCACACUCCCCUCCACACUCCACCAUCCCCCACACCCCCACAUCCUACAUCCCCCUCAAUUCCACCGCAGCAGCAACAUGUACGACCUCAAAUCCCGCAACAUCCUGAUCACGGGCGGCUCGCGCGGGCUCGGCGCAGUGACGGCCGAGCGCUUCGCCCGCGAGGGCGCAAACGUCGUGAUAAACUAUGUCUCCUCCUCUGCCGCGGCCGAGGCGCUAGCCGCCGAGCUGGCCGCGAAGUACGGUGUCAAGGCGGUGGCGAUUCAAGCGGAUAUGGCGAUUGAAAAGGAGUGUCAUGGACUUGUUGUAGCGACCCUCGCUGCGCUCGGCGGGCUCGACGUGAUAAUCUCCAACGCGGGGUGGACGAGGAAGUGCGUAUUCUCUGACGUCUCCGGGGUUUCGAGCGAGGACUGGGACCGCUGCUACGCCAUCAACGUGAAAGCGAACCUGUUCCUGCUGCAGGCGGCGCUGCCCACGUUCAAUGCCAACCCCGAGGGCGGCGCACUGCUGGUCACCUCGUCCGCCGCGGCGACUAAUACUACCGGAAGUAGUAUGGCUUACGCCGUCUCGAAGGCCGCGGGACUGCAUCUCAUGAAGUGUCUCGCUGCCACCCAGGGCCCGAAGGUCCGCGUUAAUGCCAUUCAGCCAGGGCUCCUGCUCACCGAGUGGGGCAUGGGGUUCGGCGAGGAGAAGAUUAAGAUGGCCACCGAGAACGCCGGGUUGAAGAAGUUGGCCACCGUCGAGGAUUGCGCUGAGGCGUUUGUGUUCCUGGCGAAGGCGGAUACGGUCACUGGCGCGGCGGUCAGGAUAGAUGGUGGGCAGUUCAAUCAUUAGAUGCAGGUCAGUGGAGAUCAAUGGGGGGGGAGGUGGUGACGAGAAUGUUCUUAUAGCCGUAACGAUCCGUACAUAUGAUAUCCAAGUUCGAACACAAAAUCCUACACGGAUGCCCG